AUGAGUUCUAAUGUUAUUGAUUUAAAUAGCAAUAUAAUAAAAACUGAUUCAACUCAACCACCCCUUAAACUAGAAAGGGGUCAAACAAUUGAUAAUUUUAAACAAAAAUGUUAUGAAUUAUGUCAACAAUAUUUAGGAGGUAUUUGGUUGAACACGACUAUCGAUGAAGUAGAGGUCCGACGACUAAGUGGUGGACUAACCAAUCAGUUGUAUUACUGUGCUAUAAAUAAAACGACAGGUAAUACCUCUGGUGAUGAUAUACCGCAUGAAGUGGUCGUCAGGUUUUAUCAGGAAAAGCAUUUCAGUGAAAACGAACGGAUGUCCGAUACUGUAAUAGCGGUAUUAAUAUCGGGAAACAAUUUGGGACCCAAAUUGUAUGGUAUAUUUCCCGGAGGACAGAUACAAAAAUAUUAUCAGCACAAAUGUUUUCGGUUAGAACAACAAAAAGAUCCAAAACUAGUUGAUGAAGUGGCCAAACGGUUGGCCAGAAUUCAUACAAUGGAUGUACCAAAUAAUCGGUCAAAAAAUUGGUUAUUUGAUUACUUUGACUCAUAUUAUGAAAAAGCCAAUCAACUAUAUAAUAUACCGGCGCUUAUCGAUGAGUACCAGUGCGAGACAUUGAAACAAUAUGACAUUAAACAAGAGUUGGAUUGGCUUAAGGAUAUGAUCAUCAAAUCAAAGUCUCCGAUUGUCUUCAAUCACGUGGACUUUCGCGGAUCUAAUAUAAUGAUCACCGAAAAUGAUGGUUUAGUACUUUGCGAUUUUGAGUACUCGGCGUACGGCUACCGGGGCUUUGAUUUUGGCACUAUUUAUCUUGAAUGGGGCACAGAUCCACUUCUAGUUUAUAGCAAUGGCAUCACUGAGUUAGCAGCCGAUACUGAAUUUGAGCCCUUUAUUAAAAGUUAUUUUCAAGAAAUGGUUGGUAUAUAUGGUGACAAAUUUGCUACCGAUCCCCGAAAUACAGUCGAUGCUAUGCUUAAAGAGAUAAAACUAUUUUCAUUGGUUGCCUAUAUGUUUAUCGUAAUAUUUACUCUUCAGCAAACGGAAUCGGUGGUCAAUGGUAAUCCAUAUGAUAAAAAAUAUGAAAUGAAAGAGGUAACCGAAAAAAUUUAUACAACUUAUCACACAUUGAAAAGAAAAUACAUUCAACAAAAUUUGCUUAAAUUUUAACGAUUGCAUAACUAUUAAAUGCUAAAUACAAGCA